GUAUUCCCUGCGCCGUGAGAGCACCCUGGAAAGCCCAGGCGUGUAUGACCUCGCGUGGGGUCCUGAGGGUGUGCUGGUAGCUGCCUGCGCUGACGGAUGUGCGCGGCUGUAUUCGCAGACUGGUGUAUUGCAUGAAACGUUCAGGUUAAGCAGCCAGAUCUUGACCCACAUUUGCUUUGGAGUUGGCGUGGAGGGAGAUGGUUUAGCAGUGGUGGGUCAGGAAGGUAAGUGCUACCACCUGAAGCUUGCAGCAGAUGGCCUUCAGAAGCUUGGGCAGCAACAGCAGCAUGAUCUAGAAGCCUGGUGCGUUGACGUUUCCCCUGCUGAGCCUGCGUUGAUUCUUUCUGGCGCGGAUGACGGUCACUUGGCUGCUUGGGAUACCCGAAGCCCGAGUGCGGUGCUUCGAAAUCGCCGCGCGCAUGAAGCAGGCGUGACAGCCCUAGCAUUCAACCCUUUCAACCCGUUGCAGGUAGCAUCUGGGAGCUACGAUGAAAGGCUCAGGCUUUUCGACUUGAGGCGGCUCACAGCUGAGCCGCUGGGUUUGACUGGUCGGCUCGGGGACGGAGCAUACCAAAUCUCCUGGCAUCCUUCAUGGUGUGGUGUUCUUGCAGUCGCCGCAAUGCGCUGCGGCUUUCCUGUAUUCUCGGUCAAUGAUGGUGAUUUCAAGCCCCUCGCUACAUACGCGUCGGAUGCGCCAGAAGGAGCGCAUGGUUCGCUGGGCUACGGGGUCGCCUGGCAGUUCGGGUGUUCGGAAGUUUCCUUGGCAGCUUCAGCAUCCUUCUACGACCGCAGCGUCCACCUCUGGUCGGCCAGAGACCCGGAGAGUGGGGAACCAACAGCUUAG